CAGUCCCACCUUCCCGACUCUAUAAGCGCGGCUGUCUUCAGGAACCGAGGCUCAUGUGAAGGGGCAGAGAUGGUUUUGUUGAUUAAUAUGGGCGUGAAAUUCGGCUUCUUUCUGACCCUGAGCCUUGCCUCUGCAGAUCGCGAUGCUCGUGGGGAGGCUCGGGUGGCGAAGAGAUGCUACUGCGACCUUCAGAUGUCUGAUGGGCCAUUCCCUCACAUGCAACUCGAGCAAUUAUACUUAAUCUCUCAGAAUUGCAGCCUCAAACUGAACAAACAACAGUUCAAUGAACCUCUUGAAAUUACUGCCUAUGUAGAGCAGAAAUUGAACAACCUUGUGCAACGCAUUAAUGAAUUUGAAAAAGAAUAUGAUGGUGAACUAUAUAGUAUAAUUUCAUAUCGGAUAAUAGAGAUUGAAAUUGCUGAACUGAAUGAGUUGCUCAACCAACUUCAAGAAAAGUGCUGGAGGAACAAUGAUGAGAGAACUUAUCUGGAUACACAGGCACAAAAUAUUACCAACAAAGUAGAUGAAUUAGAGAAAUAUGACCGACUUAAAGUCAUUCAAGAGCACAGAAAAAAUACCAUCCUGAAAAGGAGUCUAACCUCUUGCCAGAAUGCACUGUUAGUAACACCAACUCCAUAUGUCACUACACAGCCAGGGUCCUGUUCCUUCGGAAGAUUAAAAGCAGUCUCCUAUCCCAGGAGUUCAAUGCUUAAUCAUUUUGGGACAUCCUAUCCAUAUGGUUCCUGGGGGAAAGAUCCGCUGCCAGCUCCCGGGAAAGAGGAUCAACACUGGCUUGUAGUUCUAACCAGUAGUAAUAGAUUUGGAACUAAGAUUCGUGUUUACAGCUCUUAUUCGAAAUUACUCACCAAAGGUGCUUUUAAGGAUAUAAGUUUUCAAACCUAUAAUCCUCAAGGCCCUGGUGGGGUAAUGUAUGGAGAUGCCUACUAUUACAAUUGCUAUAACUUAGACAAACUCUGCAGGUUUGACAUGACCACACAAAAUGUCAUAUCUGCCACCCUGCCAUUUGCUGGUUUUAAUGACAAGUUUCCAUACUGUACACUUGCUUCCUGUUAUGUGUACACAGACAUGGAUCUAGCAACAGAUGAAAACGGGCUGUGGGUGCUCUACUCUACUACAUUCAAUUUUGGAAACUUGGUUGUCAGUCGACUCAAUACGACUGACCUCUCACUACUCGAAAGUUGGAACACCACCUUAUUCAAACGAUCAGCAUCCAAUGCCUUUUUGGUGUGUGGGGUUGUAUAUGCAACCAGAUAUGUAAGUCCUGAAAUAGAAGAAAUCUUUUAUAUGUUUGACACUACCAGCGGAGUCGAGCGAUAUGAUUUGAAAAUCCAAUUCCGAAAAGUUUUGCCUGGCAUUCAGUACAUGAACUACAACCCACAGGAUAAGAAGUUGUAUGUAUACAGUGAUGCUUAUGUUAUUAGUUACAGUUUAACAUUUGAAUAACCUCUGACCAGAAGUUCUAAUAAUCAAGCAAUAAAGGGAACCUAUUCAGGUCCAGCUAAUAGGAGGAAGCUAAAUACAAAAAGAUAUAUUUAGAGACAAUACGUGACAGUAUUGCUUGAAAUGACAGAAAUGCAGGUGAAGCAGCAUCUAUGGAAUUAGAAACAGGUAAUGUUUCAGUUUGACAACAUUUCAACAAGGCACACCUGUAUGGUUCUUCGCAGUAAUUUACAUGUUUGAAUAUAAUUAAUAAGGAUUGCAGCAAAUCAUAUGGAUACUUAAUGUUUGAAACAUCUCAGUUAAGACUGGACUAGAUGUAGUCUGAAAUAAUUCAAUACAAAUAUUGCUUCAAUACUGUGCGUUUGAAUGUAGUAUGCAGUGUAACCACAAUAUGUAACAAGUAACUCAGGUCAUUCUGAUAGUAGAGCAAAAUGAGAUUGAUGUAACUACUGGUACUCUCGUCUAUGCAUGUCAACAUUUAACAUCUAGCAGCAUAGAACAACUACUGAUCAAUAACAGUUAUUAUAUGAAUAAUCAUAACUUGUUGAAUUCCAUUCAUUUAAAACAUUUAAAAAUUAGAUCUAAUAUUAAAGUGAAAAACUAUUAUGAUGGUGAGCUAUUUUCUCAUUAUGUGCUUGUGUUGCAAUUAAAGAAUAUGUUUUCUACAAUCUGGACAUAGCAUAUGCACAGCAUCCUUUAUCAUCCCAAGUCUUGUGAUGUCGCAGAUUAAUUCGUUCUUCUUACUGAUUUGUAUUAAAGAUCAUACAACUUUACUGAUAAA